CUUGAAAGAGUUGCGUUCAGUUCGGUUUAGUUUAUUUUCGAGUUCUGCGGUUACCGCGCGCCAAGUCUUACGUAGGCUACGGUAAUCAUAAUAGUUGCGUAGGUCUUGACACUUUUUUUUUUUUUUAAUUGUGACUUGUUUCGUGCCUUUUUCUUCGUCAGUUAGGACCUAACAAGCGUAUAAAAUGACCUCUCGCAUCUUCAAAGCCCACGGGAAGUUUUGCACAAGCCACCCCUGGGAGGUGAUAGUUGCAACCCUUACCCUCGCAGCUUGUAUGAUAACUGUGGAACAACAAAACCCACUUCCACCCUCGAAACCUGACGCAGUUAAAUCGUGCAGGGGAUGCAUUCAAGAGGCUGAAUACAAUGCAGCUGACUUAAUAGUGAUGACAAUAAUCCGAAGCUUAGCAGUGCUUUACUGCUACUACCAAUUCCGAAAGUUACACAGACUGGGCUCCAAAUACAUCCUAGGUAUAGCAGGGCUGUUUACCGUAUUUUCGAGCUUCAUAUUUUCCACCACUGUAUUGAAUAUCCUGAGGAUUAACGUUAGUGAUUUAAAAGACGCGCUGUUUUUCUUCCUGCUGUUAAUCGACCUGUCGAAAGCAGGAAUGUUGGCCCAAUUCGCAUUGAAUGCCAAAAACCAAGCAGAAGUGAAGAGUAAUAUCGCGAAAGGACUGGCAGUUUUGGGGCCUACGAUCACGUUGGACACCAUUGUUGAAACUUUGGUUAUUGGUGUUGGUACAUUGUCAGGGGUUCAAAGAUUGGAGAUCUUGUCUUGGUUCGCCUGCCUUUCGGUACUUGUCAACUAUGUCGUGUUUAUGACCUUCUAUCCUGCUUGCUUAUCACUAAUAUUGGAGCUUUCUCGUUCUAAAAACUUUUGCAAAGCCAAAGAUUCCUGGAUAAUAUUCGCUUUUAAAGAGGAGGACCACAAAUCAAAUCCUGUACUGCAGAGAGUUAAACUGAUUAUGUCAGUUGGUUUAAUGCUAGUACAUGUUCAUAGUCGUUGGCCAUUUAAAGACAGUGAAGUUUAUACUAUCGAACCGCUUGUUCAGCAAUCAUUAAAUAAAACCGAAGAACAACCUAGUACUUUACACGGAUAUUUUGUUAGGUGGUUAACCCUCGGUGCAGAUCACAUCGUAAUCUUAAUCCUAGUUUCCACCCUUCUAAUCAAAUUAAUUUUCUUUGAAAACAAAGAGCUCAAGAAGGAAGAGCCGCAACUCGAAACGAUGCCGAUGUUCAGUUUGGGCGGUUCACAUGAACCAACUUUCGAGAACAAGGAGGUCCAAACCUCAACUCCUUGCGCCUCCGACGUAGAUAGUUCCCCCGAAGAUGAGAUUCCUAAGCUCUGCAGAAGCCUUGAAGAUUGCCUAAAGAUCUACAACAACACUGAUCUGGGUGCCACUUUGCUCACCGAUGAAGAAAUCAUUUUGUUAAUCAAAAACAGGCACAUCGCAGGGUAUCAGAUCGAAAAGGCCGUUGAUGACCCGGAGAGAGGCGUUGGCAUUAGAAGGAAAAUAUUCGGUAAUGACCUUCUGGCUGCCCCCAAGAUACUUGAUGGAUUACCUUACAGGAAUUAUGACUAUUCUUUGGUCAUGGGAGCUUGUUGCGAGAACGUUAUAGGAUACAUGCCGAUUCCAGUAGGUUAUGCUGGACCCCUUCGUCUAGAUGGACGUGAAUUUUUUGUUCCUAUGGCCACCACUGAGGGCUGCUUAGUGGCCAGCACCAAUAGGGGAUGCAGAGCAUUAAAAGACACCGGCAUUAAUAGCAGCAUUGUUGCUGACGGUAUGACUCGUGGACCUGUUGUUAGAUUUCCAUCAGUCUUAAGAGCAAGUAAAGCAAUGCAAUGGAUUCAAGAACCUGAAAACUAUGACAAAAUUAAAGCUCGGUUUGACUCAAGUAGCAGAUUCGCGAGACUCCAAAGGAUAACCCUUAAAAUAGCCGGAAGAUUUUUGUUUCUGAGAUUCGUUGCAACAACUGGAGACGCCAUGGGCAUGAACAUGCUUUCGAAAGGAACCGAAUUUUCACUGAAACUCGUCCAAGAAAUAUUCAAAGAUAUGGAAAUCCUGAGUCUCAGUGGAAAUUUCUGCACUGACAAAAAACCUGCUGCUAUUAACUGGAUCGAGGGUAGAGGAAAAUCGGUGGUGUGCGAAGCAAUAGUACCGGCGAAAAUCGUAGCUAAUGUACUUAAAACCAAUGUUCAUGCUCUUGUGGAUGUGAACAACUCAAAGAACAUGGUUGGUUCUGCAGUAGCAGGCAGCAUUGGAGGGUUUAAUGCGCAUGCUGCCAAUAUAGUGACAGCCAUUUUCUUAGCCACAGGACAAGAUCCCGCCCAAAAUGUCGGAAGCAGCAACUGUAUGACUCUGAUGGAACCUUGGGGGCCUGAUGGAGAUGACUUAUACAUUUCUUGUACUAUGCCUUCAAUCGAAAUAGGUACAAUUGGUGGAGGGACAAUCUUGCCAGCCCAAGGUACAUGCCUCAACAUCUUAGGUGUCAAAGGAUCCAAUACAGCAGAACCAGGAGCAAAUGCAUGUCAAUUAGCAAAAAUAGUAUGUGCAACGGUCCUAGCAGGUGAACUGUCACUUAUGUCAGCUUUGGCAGCCGGACAUUUGGUCAAAAGUCACAUGAGACACAACAGGUCGACAGCUUUGUUACUCGCAGCAUUUGAUAGGAAUAAGAAUAACCUGCUGCCUCCUUGCAAGGAUGUUGUUUGAAGUUAUUAAAAGGAUAAAUUAUGUAUAUUAGCGGUAGUUUUCUAAUGAGAUACCAACUUGCAGAGAUGCCAAAGGUUCCUAAAUGAGUUAUUAUGAUAUUUUGCAAUGGGGUAAAUUAUUAGGUUUUUUAAAUUCAUCUGGGGUUGCUGAAAACAAUCCCCAGUUUAUAGGGAGAGAUUUUGAUUUAGUAGGGGAUGAUAUAUAAAAGGGUUUUUGUUCUGCAACUAUAUAUAUCAAAAAAACUGCUCAGAAUUUACUUGUGGUCAUAAAAUUGUUAGAAAUUUUAAUGGAAAAAUUAUAGAAAUGACAUAACCCCUCUUACAGUUUAAGCACGACAGUGGAAAAUUAUUUACUUUUGUGCAAACCAUUUUAAAUGUAAAUAUUUAUUAUUAUUAAGUUAAUUUAAUAUACCUGUUAGUAUUGUUUAGUGAUAAAAUGGGCAAAAUAAUUAUUUCACAGAUCAGUUACAUAUAAUUUAAUGAUUAUUUCUGUGAUUUAAUAGUACUGUAUCUUAUUGGGUACUUAUAAUGCAUGUAUGCUCUAGUUUUUAAUAAAGGUUUUAUAGUACCUA